AUGAGGCUUCGGAAGGCCGCUCGCGUCAUCCUCAUCGGUGCACCUGGUGUUGGCAAGGGGACGCAGUCUGAGCGCUUGCUCCAACGCUUCCCCCAGCUUUCGUCGAUCAGCUCCGGCGAUCUACUCAGGAACAAUGUCAAAAACAGGACGCCUCUCGGGAUCAAGGUGGAGAGCACGAUGAAAGCUGGUGGUCUCGUCCCUGAUGCUCUCAUACUUCGCCUCAUCACGAACGAGCUCAACCAACGUGGGUGGUUGUUUGCCAACAAGAGCUCCAACAUCAUGACACUGUCGUCUUCUAGUAUCUCUGUUGAUGCGCAAUCCUUCGAAGCAGAACAAGCCGCCGAAGCGGAGGCCGCCUCGUUUAUCUCCUCCCCAACGCUGUCUGGCCAGUACUCGCCGCCGCAGCCAUCCGAAGAUCCCUCCGCAUCCUUCCUUCUCGAUGGCUUCCCCCGAACAGCCACGCAGGCCGAUCAGCUCGACGAAAUCAUCCCCAUAAACCUCGUCGUGUCGCUAAAGACGCCCUUCAAGGUCAUAAUGGAGCGCAUCGCCGGACGCUGGGUCCACGAGCCGUCAGGGCGGGUGUACAACGAUACUUUCAAUGCGCCCAAGGUGGCGGGUCUUGACGACGUCACUGGCGAGCCGCUGGUAAGGCGCAUGGACGACAGCGAGGACGUUUAUCGCGAGCGGUUCCGCAAGUUUGAAGAAACUAGCCUGCCGCUUUUAGACCACUACGACAAGAAGGGCGUCCUGUGGGAAGUCGAGGGCUUGAGCAGCGACGAGAUCAGCCCCAAGCUCUUCCGGGAAUUUGAGAGACGCUUUGUCGCCUGA